AUUUUUACCGUUAGUUUCAAGUUCUUGGGUAAUUUGACGUCGACAGACCAAAAUCCUGUCCAGCAUUAUUGAAUAAUGAUUGAACAAUCCAUCAAACAUUUUGCAUUAAGGCGACGUGCGAUUGACAGUGAUAAUUGAUCGAGAACAUUAAGAGUUGUAGCGUAGUAUGUGGGCCACUUUUCUCAACCUUUUAUUAUUACCAAAGUCAGUCUUUGAGCUGGAAAUCAAGAAUUACGGAACCAGCAUUUUUCGCCACUAUGUUUCGCAACCAAUCUCUUCUUAUAAUUGUAACCCUGGUUUUUUCAACGCUUCGAGCUGGUACCUGUUCGCUAAGAUCGGUCCUAGAAACAGGAAGAAAUUUUCACGUCGAACAAUCGUCGAACUGGAUCGUGAGUAUCGGUCUUCAAUAUUCCGGAUGUCAAGAAGGAGUCGUAUAACGCUUUCCAAAUGUAAUGUCUCAGGUUUUUUUCUACCGGAAGUGUCUGGUGAACGCCGGAAACCCGAUUGUAUUGGCUGGAAAUAUGAACGAAAAACUUACCGUCUCUAUCCACGGUUCAACGAUGACUACGAUCACCUUGUUCACGGAACCAGUCACGAUCUUGGACCAAAUCUACUCCAGAACCAAAGGAACUGGUGACUUUUAUGACAAAAUACACUUCCGGUACCAGUCAAAGGCGGGGGUCUUUCUCGUGGCAGCGAAGUCCCAACCAGUCAUGCAACUCCUGAUAGAUCAACUGAAGACUUCGAGGUGGUGGAACCACUUGGGAACCUUCAUAAUCCUCGGCGAAGAACCGGAAAAACAGGAAUGCCACAACGCCUACAGCUUACUUUGGACGGCUUGGCAAUAUGGUAUCCUUUCGGCGGUUUAUUUUUGCCGCGAAAAGGAUCCUCCAGGCCUGACACUCUUCGCUUAUCACCCCUUCAAAGACCAUGUUCCAAUUGCUGGUUGGGAGAGGGUAGCGAGUUACGCAGGACGAAAUGGUCAUCCUUGGACUCUUUUUCGGCGCCAACUCGAUAAAGGCUCGGAGAAAAAGGACUCGAUUAACUGCGGUGAAGUAUUGUUCGAUAAAACUGGGAACCUGAACGGAUAUCCGGUGCGUGUUAACGCGAUGAGCAUAUCGCCGAAGCUCGUCUUUUCGACGAUCGAAGAUGCUGGCAAUAUCAAAGUGGAUAACUACUCAGGGGAAGAUGGAUGGCUGGCUUUGACUCUUUGGAACUUUUUAAAUGUCACUGUUAUUCAUGUGUCAUAUAAUGGGAGCGACUGGGGAAUGGGAUUUACUGAGGCAAAUGGAUCCCACUAUGGGAUGAAGGCUGACAUUGCAAGUGGUCGGGUCGAUAUUGGGCUCAACCAGCGUUAUGCGCAGCCGGAUUUUGGACUCGGAAUGACCUAUCCUCACAUCAGUGCGAGCUAUUGCUUCAUGACUAAAGCCAGAGGGAACGUUCCAUUCCUGGUCGACUUAACGAGAGGCAUGAACUGGCGGAUCGGGCUUAUGACUUUGGCCUCUGCUUUAGCGCUGACGCUGUUGCUGGACGCCCUGGAAGACAGAGGGUAUCGAUGCGCGUGGUUAAAUGUAUUUCGAAUCGUCAUUUCGAAUAGCCUGAUACGAACGCCACGACGAUUUACGGCCAGAUUACUUUUUCUUGGAGGUAUGAUCGUUUGUGGUACCAUGAAUGUCCUGUUUCAAGGAAAGAUGUCGGCUCUCGUUGCCAAGCCGAGGAGCUACGAAAACAUUGAGACUCUCGAUGAACUCGAGAAAUACGGUUUGGAUAUACACGGUUUUAUAUCCUUCAAAAAGUUUAUAUGGAAUGAUCGACUUAGGGAGAGAUUUGUGGAUUCACAAGUCGACCUUGAGUGCUACAAACGCGUUAUGGACGACCAGCUCAUCGCUUGUGCUGGUCAUUGUGUCAAUCUUUGGGAACAGUCCAAACUGGAUAACAGAUUUCAUGUUGCUGAAGAACGGAUUUUACGGUACUAUAGCUACUUUCUGACUACAGCCGACUGGCCUAUUCUACAACGGGUCGAUGCUCUCAUCUCUAGGAUGGUGUCGGCUGGUUUACCCAAUAUUUGGAGACACCUAACGUUGUGGAAUGUCCACGUCAAGACCUACUCGGCAAAUCGUAGUUCGUCGUAUCCUGAUACUUGGCUCGUCAAACUUAACGAUCUUAACAUAUUUUUCUACGCUUAUAUGAGUGGCCUGUUUUUUGCUCUACUUGUCUUUGCUCUUGAACUAGCAUGUUACCGAUCGAUAAGGAAAAAGUAA